ACGCUGGUGAAAUCACAGAAGAAGAACACCAACACGGCUCCUCUGCUCUGUACAGAACCAUGACAUCCACCGAGGCUACAGACCUGGGCCGUGCGCUCUGUAUCAUCACCGGGGCCUCCAGAGGCUUCGGCCAGACUGUAGCGAGGGAGAUGUCUCGGUUGGUGAAGCCGGGGUCGGUGCUCGUGCUGACGGCCCGCUCCGGUGAUGAGCUGCGGGCUCUGCAGGCGGAGCUGGCCGAGUCGGAGGCAGGCAGAGCGGGGCUGGUGGUGAAGUGUGUGGUGGCAGAUGUGGGUCAGAUGGAAGGACUGGAGGGCAUCGUCAGAGCAGCUAAAGAGGCUUUUUCUGAGGAUAUAGAUCACGUCAUACUGGUCAACAACGCUGCCUCUCUAGGUGAUGUGUCUCGCUAUGCCAAAAGCUUCACCGACAUGGCUGAGGUGGACUCUUACUUGUCCCUCAAUGUCAGCUCCUCCCUGUGCCUCACAGCCAGCGUUGUGCAGGCUUUUCCACAGCGUCCAGGUCUUCGGCGCACCGUCAUCAACAUCACCUCGCUGUGCGCCCUGCAGCCUUUCCGCUCCUGGGUGCUGUACUGCACAGGGAAGGCUGCCCGAGAGAUGAUGUUCAGGGUGCUGGCAGAAGAGGAGCCAGACCUUCGGGUGCUCAGCUACUCUCCAGGACCUCUGGAUACAGCCAUGCAGAUGGUGGCCAGAUCCAAAACAGCUGAUCCCAACCUGAGGAAGUCUUUUUCAGACAUGUAUGCUCACGGCCAGCUGCUCACCUGUGAGGCGUCCUGUGCCAAGCUGAUGAAGCUGCUGCUGGAAGACAACUACACAUCUGGAGCUCACAUCGAUAUCUACGACGUCUAGAUGCAGCAGGAGUACUUACAGCCAUUUAGCAUUGGGCCAGAUUAUUUCUAUGUGCCUUGAUUUCAACUGAAAAAUCUGUUGAUUUAUAAUAAUUGCUUACCUCCAAUACUACAGGUUAAUGUGGAAAAAGUUAAUAGUUUACUUGAAUUGCACUGUCAGUCUUAACUCUGUAGGUUGUAGCCUUCUGUUUUUAAACUGACCAAUCAAACUAACAUUCAUCAAAUUUACAUUUGAAACAUUCCAGAAGUUUACUCAUCCCUAAGGCCAGUGAAGCUGCAGUCUGUAUACACUAAAAUAAAGAACAAUUAGAAGUUGCUAAAGUCUGAAAUUUUCAUAUCAUAUACGUAGGUGCAUUAAAGUGUCAAGGAACACAAUUUGAAAAAGACAUGGUAGUGGGUAUGAAGAUGGCUGCUCUGAGCAUCGCCAAGACCUCGAGACACUUGUCAUUUGUAGAUGUUCUGGUGCUUUAUUUCAGAUGCUUCUGUCAUAUUAAGUCAUCUCCAGCUCACAUGUAAUGCAGCUGUGGGACACUACCAAUUUUUAAACACAUGGCAUUAAGCCUUUUCAUUUCUUGUCACUUAAAUUAGUUCAUAGAAACUGAAUUAAAAAAAAUAAGAAAACCCAUCAGUUCUGUUCUUAAAUUGAAUGCUUGUUCCUGGCUAACUGUCGUCAGCAGGAGGGAGAAAAAGUCUUAAUUCUUUUUUUAGGGGGGAUUUGCCAUAAUUAUACAGUGAUAGUAGAGCCAUAGACAGGUUAUGCAGGGAAAUAAAGUAUACAACAGAGAUUCCUUUUCAGAAUUACAUCAUUAAAAUGUAGGUGUCUUAACCACUAGGCCUCUGUGAUUAAUAAAUGCUUUAAUGAAAUACCAAAACUAUAAAUCAGGAACUGUAAUAUAAGAUAAAAUAAAAAUAUUGUAAAGAAACCACAACCAAAAAAGAAAACACAGAGUUUUUCUAGGCCAGAUCCUGUGUUUCCCCACAACCUUAUCUUUCCAUUAGCAUGAAUUAGAACCAGACCAGUUGGGUGCUCUGCUGUGUGUCAUAUUUGAGGGGACGGAGCCUCUGGCAUAAUCUAUUUCACAGGGUUACUUCAAAUGUUAUGGGACCAGCCUGAUCUGUAAUACUGUCCUCUGUUCUUUGGUUGAUUUCAUGUCGAUUUGUGAUAAUAUUUAUUUAAUGAAGUGCUUGUAUUGUCAGAACGGUCUCCCCCAAAUGGUUUGCAGUAUGUUUAUGUUACCAGUUGAUGAUGUCAUUUGAAGCUGAUGUCCUUAUUGUGCUUUGACCCCAAUCUGUGUCCUAUUAAUUAUAGUGAAGUCUGGGGGUUGCAGAUUUUUAGUUGUGAUGUCUGUUACAUGCUGCUGUAAUCCCUGAACCUAGGUAUAUUAAUAUGUGAGAGAAAAAUGUGGACAUGACAAAUAUUUUUCAUACAUUGCUCAAUGUAUGACUUGCUAUUUUUAUAUAAAAGUAGAUGGAAAAUUA